GCCCUCCCGGGUCCCCGGCGAGGCCAUGCCCGGGCUGCGCCGGGACCGCCUGCUGACCCUGCUGCUGCUGGGCGCGCUGCUCUCCGCAGACCUCUACUUCCACCUCUGGCCCCAGGUGCAGCGCCAGCUGCGGCCCCGGGAGCAGCGGCGGGGCUGCCCGUGCGCCAGCCGCGCCUCCUCCCGGGCCCCGGACUCCGCCGCAGCCUCCUCGGACCCCCACGCGGCCGCGCACAACUUUUCCCGAGGCGGGCCCCCGGCCGAGCAGGACGGCGGCGGCCGCAGCGGCCCGCGCUCCAAGCUGCAGGCCCUCUUCGCCCACCCGCUGUACAAAGUCCCGGAGGAGCCGCCUCUCCUCGGGCCCGACGACGUGCUCCUGGCCAGCCAGGAGGCGCUGCGGUAUUACCGGAGGAAGGUGGCCCGCUGGAACAGACGACAAAAGGUGUACAAGGAGCAGCUGAACCUCACUUCUUUGGACCGCCCACUGCAUCUCCAGUUAGAGGCUAGCUGGGUCCAGUUCCACCUGGGGAUCAACCGCCACGGGCUAUACUCCCGGUCCAGUCCUGUCGUCAGCAAACUCCUCCACGACAUGAGUCAUUUUCCCACCAUCAGCGCUGAUUACAGUCAGGACGAGAAAGCCUUGCUUGGGGCGUGUGACUGCAGCCAGAUUGUGAAACCCAGUGGGGUCCACCUCAAGCUGGUUCUGCGGUUCUCGGACUUCGGGAAGGCCAUGUUCAAACCCAUGAGACAGCAGCGAGAUGAAGAGACGCCUGUGGACUUCUUCUAUUUCAUUGACUUUCAGAGACACAACGCUGAGAUUGCCGCUUUCCAUCUGGACAGGAUUCUGGACUUUCGACGGGUGCCACCAACAGUGGGGAGGCUAGUCAACGUGACCAAGGAAAUCCUGGAGGUCACCAAGAAUGAAAUCCUGCAGAGCGUUUUCUUUGUCUCUCCAGCCAACAACGUGUGCUUCUUUGCCAAGUGUCCAUACAUGUGCAAGACGGAAUAUGCUGUCUGUGGCAACCCGCACCUGCUAGAGGGUUCCCUCUCCGCGUACCUGCCAUCCCUCAACCUGGCCCCCAGGCUGUCUGUGCCCAACCCCUGGAUCCGCUCCUACUCGCUGGCAGGAAAAGAGGAGUGGGAGGUCAAUCCACUUUACUGCGACACAGUGAAACAGAUCUACCCGUACAACAGCAGCAACCGGCUCCUCAACAUCAUCGACAUGGCCAUCUUCGACUUCUUGAUAGGAAAUAUGGACCGUCACCAUUAUGAGAUGUUCACCAAAUUUGGGGAUGAUGGGUUCCUUAUUCACCUUGACAAUGCCAGAGGGUUUGGACGACACUCCCAUGACGAAGUUUCCAUCCUCGCGCCGCUGUCCCAGUGCUGCAGGAUAAAAAAGAAAACGCUUUUGCACCUGCAGCUGCUGGCCCAGGCCGACUACAGACUCAGUGAUGUUAUGCGGGAGUCACUGCUGGAAGAUCAGCUCACCCCUGUCCUCACAGAGCCCCACCUCCUUGCCCUGGAUCGGAGACUCCAAAUCAUCCUCAAGACAGUGGAGGGUUGCAUAGAGGUCCAUGGAGAGCACAGUGUCAUAGCCAAUGGCCCAGCAGAACAGUCGGCCCCAGACUCUGGCCAGGCUAACUUGACAAGCUAGGGGCUGGACAAGUCCAAGCUCCAGGAAGCUACACCUGGAGCCAGCAGCAGACUCUCGAGGGUGAACCUCACUCAUGUCCCCCAUCAAUGCUGCAGGUUCUGAGUCAUGAGCUCAGACAGCAGGGAGGACACUGGGAUGAUUCUAGAAGAGCAAAAGAAAUGGGAUCCACUGAUCUUUCUUCCUUGGUGCACUGCAUCACCAGUGGACUGCCUUGGCUGCUUCUUUCCCAGACAGCACUGCUUCAUCAAGAACACAGAACAUCUCCUGAGCCCACUGGGAAAUCUGGAUAUGGGUCAGGUUUAGAAGCGUUGUUCCCAGAAGAGAGUAUUAACUGUAACAAAUAAAAGGACAUCAAGUGGAUACCUAACUGACCUCCAAAUCCUUAUUAUAUCUACAAGGAUAAUUCCCAAUCCAGAUAAACAUCUGGCAUAUCGCUAGCACAGAAAAAACCUAAAAAUGGUCUCAAACUGGUUCAAAGUAGAACUCACACUUCCUACUUAUAUUCCAAUCACUGUAGCCCAAUCUGAAUAAUUCCUACUGACUGGUCCUAAAGUAAUUUCUCAGAAAUAUUACAAGAGGUAAAAAAUAAUAUAAGCAUUUGCUCAAAA